AUGGAUGAACUAACGAGACUAAGACAUCAUUCCGGAGCCAGCCCAGAGAGUAAAGUUAUUUCUGAAACUACAACAACUACAACCAGACUGUCAUCUCUGCCACCGAAGGGAGCCAAGAGCAUGUCUGGCAGCUCCGGAGGCUCCGGGCUGGAGAAGAAUGUUCUAGUACAGAACAGCAGCGUCUUCUCUUUCUCGUCCUCCUCAGUGGGCGUCAGUGCAGGGGGCUCCGGUUCUGGCUCGGGUCUGUAUACUGGGUCUGGAGUGUACCUGGGGGAGGAAUUGUCCGGAAACACUAGGGCCAGAGGAGGUGGCAGUGACGCAGGGUUCGGAAACGCGUCAGGAUCAGGCACAGGGUCAAAGGGCAGGUCAGGCUCCUCUGGAGGCACAAGGAAGACCCAUGGCUCCUCCUCCUCUAUAACCCAAUCCCCCUUGUUCCAGGAGAGGAAGAUCAUCACCAGCCACUCAGGGGGCUACGACGGAAGUUCCAGUGGAAACUCCUCGCCGGAGUUUGUAAGGAAAGAUUAUGGUUUAUCCAGAGGGAGGAGCCAGAGCAGAGAGAGUGAGAUCAGGGCCAGACUGCAAAGUGCCUCACCAUCCACCAGAUGGACUGAGCUGGAUGAUGUGAAGAGGCUGCUGAAGGGGAGUCGCUCCUCCAGUGUGAGCCCCACCCGUUCCUCCACCUCCUCCACACUGCCCGUCCCUCGCAAGGCCACCGUGGAGACUAAGAUCACCACCAUCGGCUCCCAGUCAGUCUCAGGGCAGUACGACACGACUGUUCUGGACUCUGCUCUGCCUUCCUAUUCAUGGACCAGUUCUACGCUGCCCUCUGGUACCUCUACGGACAGCACCUAUCGUUACCACGGCAACACAAACAACAUGUCAGCAGGUUCCUCUCUUCUCAACAGCACCUCACCCUCGUCCCUGUCAGUGUAUGGUUUUCAGAACAAUCUAGCAACGUCCAGUGGUGUUCUGACGUCCAGUGGUGUUAACACACAUGCAGGUAUGAGUGUGUGUGUGUGUGUAGGAUAUGGGGUACAGAAGAACACAUCCCAGGGUGUCAACAGCACUGCUGUUGUCAGUACAGGAGUCUCCACAUCGACAGGAUCUGCCUCCAGGGCCCUGAACGAUGACAUCCCACGAAAAUACAUCCUGCUAGAGAAAGAAAACAUUCCGGCAAAGAGGGACACUGAGGUGCUGGUCCUGAGUAAAGACAGUGGCAAACAGUUCCCCAACAGCAGCACCAAGGGAGGGUCGUUUUCAGAUGUUUCACUGAAGAAGGAGACGAUGGCCCAGAGUUACAGUGAGACUGCUCCUGUUAAGUCCUCCUCAGGCUCCUACUAUGGAUCACCAGGAGUCUCAACCAAAGAUAAAGCGACAUACGCAGAGAUCCAUAAGACCGGGCUCAGUAAGGCGGGAGAUGACGAUGGAGGAGGAGGUGCUUUCUGUGGCUGUUUCCCUGACUGCUGCUCCUGGUGGAAAUGGCUGCUGGGACUGCUCCUCACCCUGCUCCUGCUCCUCGGGCUCCUGUUUGGCCUCAUCGCUCUCGCGGAGAGACUGAGAAAGCUGGAGUCUCGAGUGGACAGUCUGGAGAAGGUCUCCGCCAUGUCUGGCCACACCAGUUAUCACACCGGCAUCAACGACGGCACUAAGAGCCAGAAAUCAGCCUACGUGGGAUCAGACAACUCCCUCAGCCUGGGAGCUGCCAGAAACAUGGACGACGUAACAUUACAGACAAUGCUACGAAAACUGGUCAGAGAAGAGCUGAAAUCUGAAUCAGUCAAAGCUGAUCUUGCUUCAACACUUAAAGGAGAGAGAGGUCUCCCAGGGCCCAAAGGUGACACAGGAAUGCCAGGACCCAAAGGUGACAAUGGUUUUCCAGGGCUGCCAGGUCCUCCUGGAGCAGCAGGUCACCCAGGACCAGAAGGGCCAAAAGGCCAGAAGGGAAAUGCAGGUGAACAUGGGCCAGAGGGAAUACCAGGACUCAGAGGGAGAGACGGGCCAAUGGGACCACGCGGAGAACCUGGACCUCCAGGAUUUGGAGAAAAGGGAGAAAGAGGCUUUCCUGGAGAUCUUGGGGCUCGUGGUUCUCCUGGUCCAACUGGUCCACCUGGACCUAAAGGUUCCGCUGGGGCUCCAGGACCAGUGGGUCCUCAUGGUGAGCCAGGUCCUCAAGGCUUCCGAGGAGCACCUGGUCCCGCGGGCUCCAAAGGAGACAGAGGAGUCGCUGGACCACAAGGAGUGAAGGGCGACAGGGGAGAGAAAGGAGACAGCGGAUUACCAGGUUUCCCUGGACCUCCCGGAGUCCAGGGCCCAGCUGGAGAGAAAGGAUCCAAAGGAUCAGUCGGAGCUGCAGGCUCUGAUGGUGAAAAAGGACCGAGAGGUGAUCAAGGGCCAAUUGGAUUACCAGGGAUCAGGGGCCCUGCUGGACCACCAGGUGACACUGGACCACCAGGAAUUCCAGGGCUUCAGGGACCACCAGGGAUUGCAGGCAUUCCUGGUCGUCCAGGAUCUAAAGGUGAACCAGGGGCACCAGGACGUGUCAUUGAUGCAGGAGGUUCCAGCUCCGUGGCCAUACCUGGACCUCCAGGAAGCCCUGGACCUCCUGGCCCACCUGGUCCACCUGGACUGUCAGGCCCCAUUGGCCCUGCUGGACUUCCUGGCCAACAUGGUCCUAAAGGUGAAAAGGGAGAUAAGGGAGACCCAGGAGAGCCAGGCAUCGUGGUGAAAACAGCACAGCAGAGCAGCUCCAGUACUGGUGCAGUUGCACUAUCUGGUCCUCCUGGUCCCCCAGGGCCACCUGGUCCUCCAGGAUAUGGCCGACCUGGGCCGAAAGGAGAGCGUGGAGAGAAGGGAGAACCAGGAAGCUUUGUGCCCAACUCAGGGACCUUUUUCGCGGGACCACCAGGACCUCCAGGACCUGCAGGACCCAGAGGUGCACAGGGUCCCCAGGGGCCAAGGGGGUACCAAGGGGAACCGGGUCAGCCGGGCCUGCCGGGCAGUCCAGGGAGACCAGGUGGUUCUGUCAGAGUCUCAGAAUAUGGAACAGCACAGGGACCUCCUGGCCCUCCAGGGCCUCCCGGCUCCCCCGGGCAACAGGGCCCCAAAGGCGAUGCUGGAGUCCCAGGCUCUCCUGGAAUCCCUGGAGCAUCCCGGGGUUCGGUGUCUGUUGGAGCCCAGGGGCCUCCUGGACCCCCUGGCCCCCCCGGCCCUCCUGGUUCACCGGGCGUGUCUGCGGGCUCUCACUCCGCUGCAGAUUAUCGCCGUUACAUUAUGGAGUACAUGCAGAGUGACAGAAUGAGGCAGCACAUGUCUGGCCUGCAGGGGCCACCUGGCCCCCCGGGACCACCGGGUGUGUCGGUGUCUGUGGAAGACAUGGCAUCUCGUGUCAUAGCUUACAUCCAACGGUCAGGGGCUGUUUUCGGCAGUGGUGUCCCGGGCCCUCCUGGUCCCCCUGGUCCUCCUGGUCCAAUCACAGUCAAUGACGUCAUCGGCCUCUUACAGAGGGAGGAAGUGAGGCGUUACGUCAUUGGUCCUCCAGGACCACCUGGUCCUGCUGGAGGAUCCCGCGCUAACUUUGACAUGCAGGAAGUGGCAACCUACGUAAUCAAAGUCAUGAAUGACCGUGGCAUGACAGGUUUGCGUGGACUUCCAGGUCCACCUGGCCCCCCUGGUCUUCCUGGAUCCACCUAUGAAGAUAUUUCCGCUCUGCUUCAGAGAUCUGGGCACAGAGGCAUUGUUGGACCUCCAGGACCUCCUGGUCCUCCAGGGAUACCAGGAGCUCCAGGUCCAGCAGGUCCUCCAGGGAGAAGCACUUCAGUGGGGUCUGGGUACCAGCUGGAGGACAUCAAGGUGUACCUGCAGAAUUCUGGUUUCAGUGGCCCGCCUGGUCCACGUGGACCUCCGGGCCCUCCGGGACCACCAGGGGACGCUAGAGGACUCACAGUACAUGACAGGAGACACAACAGAGACCAGAUCCGCUCCGAGAUACAUGAGUACCUGAACAGUGACCUUUUGCAGCGAUUCACCACUGGCCCCCCUGGGCCCCCUGGUCCCCAAGGGCCUCGUGGUCCGAAAGGGGAUCGUGGUGAAACGGGUUACAGUCGAGCGACCGAACAGCGUUACUUUUACGGCUCUGACCGCGAUCAAGGAGCCCGAUUUGCCGAAGAAGUGGACUACUCUAAUGUUGCCCUGAAAGUAACUGACUACAUCAAGAACCAGGGCCUGCUCCGUGACCUCCAGGAUGGAGACUGGCGGACAAGGGUAUCAGGGAUCCAGGGACCACAGGGACCUCCUGGUCCACCCGGGCCGCCCGGUUACAGCCGCGUGUUUGCUGCCUAUGGCAACGUGACGGCUGAUCUGAUGGACUUCUUCAGAACUUACGGCACCAUCCCAGGGCCACCAGGGCGUCCAGGACAGAAAGGGGAGAGAGGAUAUCCAGGACCUAAAGGAGACAGAGGGGAAACUGGACCACAGGGUGUUCCUGGUCACGCAGGACUGCUCAGGUCCAAAGGAGAGAGAGGUGAUCCCUUUGGUCGGAAGAGGAGAAGCGUUGCUGUAUAA